UGUUUGACAUGCGCAUGUUAGCCGUGCGUUAUCUUUGUUUGUUCUGUUUGUCCAUUUUAUUAGAUAAAUAUAAAUAAAUUAAAUAUACAAAUCUUUUUCUAAAUGUCAUUUUAUUAAUCUAACUUUUUUUAUUAUAUGUAAAUAAUGGAGGUCGUUCGUAAGAAUUUUAAGGAGACAUUACCUUUAAUAAAGGAUUCAAUAGAGAAAGCUGACUUCUUAUCUAUAGAUGCGGAGUUUACAGGUCUUAUAAAUGGUCGGGAUGUGUCUAUUUACGAUUCGCCGGAAGACUACUACACCCGCACCAUGAACGGUUCUAGUGACUUUUUAUUGAUACAGUAUGGGUUAUGUGCAUUUUACUGGGACGAGAAGAAGAAGCAUUACAUGAACGAUACGUACAAUUUUUAUUUGUAUCCUCGUGGAAGGCCUGGCCCUGAUAGAAUGUUCCUUUGUCAGAGUUCCAGCUUAGAUUUCUUGGCGUCUAACGGAUUUGACUUCAACAAGCUUAUAAGAGAAGGUAUAUCAUACAUGACAGCUUCAACUGAAGCAAAGCUUAGAGAAUCUCUGAUUGAGAGACAGCAGACAUAUUCCAAGGAGAAAGAUGCAGUCAGAAUACCAGAUGAAAAUAAACAACAAAUUGAAGAUAUUUGUAAAAAGGUAAAAGAUUUUAUUGACAACAAGACAGAAGAUGAGAUGGAGAUUGACAGAUGCAACGCAUUCAUAAGGAUGCUGCUAUUCCAAGAACUUAAAGCUCGGUUCAAAGAUGAUGUUAUGAUUGAUACCAAGAUUUUAGAAAAUAAGAAUAGAGUGCUGAAAGUAAUACGUAAGAAAGCUGACAUGGAAGACCAGGACACAAUAAGGAAAAAGAGAGAAUGGGAUGAACUGGAAGAGGCAGUUGGCUUCUCUAAAGUGGCUAAGAUGAUCAGUCAGUCCGAAAAGCUGGUGGUUGGUCACAAUAUGCUACUAGAUGUUCUUCACACCUUGGGCCACUUCUUCCAACAGCUGCCCGGUGACUACACCUCGUUCAAAGAGUUCACACAUUGUAUGUUCCCCAAAUUAUUAGACACAAAGUACAUGUCGAGUUUGCCGCCGUUCAAAGACAAGCUCAAUUCCAAUGUGCUGCCAGAGUUGUUGGCUACCCUCACUGAACCGCCCUUCACUUUGCCUAAAGUUGAUUCACUCGAAGGCCGCGGCUACUCUCACCUAGACGAGAAGGAACACGAGGCGGGUUACGACGCGUACAUCACCGGACUCUGCUUCCUGGCCAUGCACGCGCAUCUGUCGCGCAUGCGCGGCGACGACUCCAUACGAUUGGUGCCACAGUCGGCCACGUUGAAACCUUUCUUGAAUAAACUCUUUUUGGCAAGAACGGCGAGGCAGGAUAGUCCGUAUAUUAACUUGGUGGGGGCUGAUCCGACCCCGCCUCGUGAUCACGUGUUCCACCUCAUAUUCCCGAAGGAAUGGCAGAGGAGCGACCUCAACCAGCUGUUCAGUCCUUUCGGCGCAGUAACAGUGCAUUUCCUAGACGACACGUCGGCGUACAUCGGGCUGGACCGCCGCGACCAGGCGGCUGACGUCAUGCGGGCGCUGGCGAAGAACGGACGCGUCACGCUCACUCCCUAUGUGAAGUAUAAGAGCCAGGCUGGUGGGGAUGCUGAGAUGGCGCUACGGGGCGAGCGAGCCAAAACGGAUACGUAUAAACUAAUAAUGAGGAAUGACAUGAAGUCGCGGCAAGUGGUGAGCCGGAGCCCGAUAGCGGUCCCUCGGACGCCGCCGCAGUUCCCGACGAGUCCCGCGCCGCUGCCGCAGAAAGUCAACCGCACUCGCUCCAACAGUACUUCGAUGACCUCGCCGCCCGCCUCUACAAGAAAGAGAACCUCCUCCGGGGUCUUCCAAGUUGACGAGUCAGAACCUCUACCCAAGAAGCCAGAAGUGUCUCCCCACCAGCCCGACACGCCGCGCCCUCGCGCCGACCCAGCGAACGGACGCAAAAAGACUGACGCAGCCGAACCCGCCAAAAAAGAUACCAUCGCAAAGAAAAAAGAUGUCCCAGAAAAGAAAAAGAUAGACAAUGUAGAUAAUAAAAGUGAUAAAGUAAUUGAGAAGUUUGACAGCAAAGCUAAGUCGAACUGUGUGACUGCUUUCAAGGAAAGCGAUAGUUGGGACUGAAUGUAUUAAAUAAGUUGAUGUUGUA